AUGUUGAAAUUACAGAAUAUACAAGAAAGACCAAAUAUAAGUGAAACAUGGAAAGAAGUAGAACAAACAGUAAAAACCAUAGCUGAAGAAGUACUUGGGUACAUACCAGGAAAAACAAGGAAAAUGUGGUUCAAUGAAGAAUGUAAAAGAGCUUCACAUGAAAACGAUAGAGCCCGCAUGAAAGUCCUACAAGAACUCAAUAAAGAUAACAAAAGAUUGUUAGCACUUAAAAAAAGAGAGGUAAAAAAGGUGAUUAGAGUGAAUAAGAGACUGUGGGAAAAAGAACGCAUUCAAACUAUCAAAAAUAAUAAAAAUAGGCAUUCGAAAAUAUUUUUUGAAAAAGCAAAUGAAGUAAGACAUGGCUACAAGUCCAGACCAACGGUUAUGAGAAAAAGUGAUGGAACUCUUCUAACAGGCAACAAAGAAAUUGCAUGUGAAUUCAAAGAUAUGUUUACAAAGCUUAUGAACCAGCCAAUAAUUAAUAUCACUGUAAACGAGCUAACGACUGUAGAACAGCUACUUGAAAACGAUUGUAACGAUUAA